AUGGGGAAGACGAGGAAGAGCCAACGCGGGGGUGGGCGACGUAGCGUUAGCACAAACAGCAGUAGCGGAAGCAGCAGUAGCAGCUCGUCCAGUAGCGAUCACAGUCGCGGUUACAGGCGAUCCCGGUCUAGGCAUGUAGACAGGUAUUACGACAAAAGACCGGAUGCGAGGAUGUUUUCUGUGUAUCAGGCAAGCUACGGAGGCGCGCCCAUGAACGGAGUAUACCCAAUGCAAAGUGGAAUGAUGCCCAAUUCGAUGAUGCCGCCGAUACCCAGCAGUAUGUUGCCACCGUACGGUGUACCACCAGCGCCGAUGACUCAACCGGGCAUGAUCCACGCGCAUCAAAUGCAGCCGCCUAUAUAUCCCUACCAAAACGGAAUGAUGAGCUGGCCGUACCAGGGCUCGCAGAUUGGUGCACCACAAAUGCAGCCCUCGGUCCCACCUACUCCGGUCUUCCAGUUUCAAAUAUCGCCAGGAAAAAAUUCACCUGGUAGGAAAUGA